AGACAUUUGGCUGAUUUGUACAGCACCCGCGUAUCACAGAGAAGUUGGGCCAAUGGCGGAGGAGGAAGAGGUAAACCCCAAGGCUUACCCUUUGGCCAAGGAAGCCCUGACAGUCACAAUCUUGGAUUUAGUGCAGCAGUCGGCGAAUUAUAAGCAGCUGAAGAAAGGCGCCAACGAGGCCACGAAGACGCUGAAUCGAGGCACCGCGGAGCUGGUGAUUUUGGCCGCGGAUGCUGAGCCGCUGGAGAUCUUACUGCACUUGCCCCUAGUUUGUGAAGACAAGAACGUGCCCUACGUCUUCGUGAAGUCGAAGACUGCGCUGGGGCGCGCCUGUGGUGUGUCGAGGCCGGUGAUCUCGUGCUCCAUUACCUCCAAAGAAGGUUCUCAGCUCAAUACGCAGAUUCAGGAUCUAAAAGACCAAAUCGAGAUGAUCCUGACCUGAGUUGCCUAUGAAACAGCACAGCCGUGUAGACUAGCAGUGGAACUUGGCCGUGAAACAGCAUGAGACUGCAAAACGAUGUGGCAUGAAUUCCCGCAAAGAAGA